GUGUGGCUGAGAAGUGUGAAUCGGUUAACAAACACAUUAAACUCUGCCAAUUGGCUGUGAAGCACCCUUCAGUGAUUUAAAUCAUCAUAUUUUAGUGUAAAGUGUGUGUGGCAUGUAGCCGACUGUCUGAAAGUCAGUAAGUGAAGUUGGAACAAGUAGUAUGGAACUUUAAUAGGAAUAAGCAUAUUCAAAACCAAACAGGAAUGAACUGUAUUGAGUGGUAUAAUUUCACCACAGAACUGAAUGAAUGCCUUAUUAAAGUUACCUUGAGAUUUAUUUGGUUUAGAACUUUUGAGUUUUGAUUGAGGUGCAAAUUGAGGUGAUUUGAACUUUUGAAGUGGCUGUUACAAUAUUCAUAAUCGUUUGAGUCAUUGAAAUUAUCUUGUAGUGUUAAGAUAAACUAGAAUAUAUUGAAAGAUAAAUGGGUAUUUUGUCACCUUGAACAAAAUAAAAAUAUCAGUCAAGGUAGAAUGGUUUAAAAAGGCAUAGCGUCAGGAGAUUUAAUGAUAAGGUUGGCCUUUUCUCUGAUUGACUGUCAAGCUUCCAAGUGACCUAGAUGAGCUUGCCCUCCAGGUGACCAGAGGCUUGAUAAUGCGGGCAGGCCGCCACCAUUGGUAACCAUGCUACGCAAUGUGUUUGGAUGCGUCUCCGAUAGAAGUACAGAGGCCAUGCGCCAUCAAAAAGUAAAGUUCGGUGCCCCCUUGUCCCACGCCCUCAAGAAUGGCUACCUUCCAAUCCCCAUGGUGGAACUACUGGUGUACGUUGCACGAGAAGGUCUCAACACGCGUGACAUCUUCCGUCGUCCAGGGAACCCCAACGACACCCGGCGCGUUGUGAAGAGGCUGUCUGAGGGCAAGCCUGUCAUCUUCUCCAACUACAGCUUCUACACGCUGGCAUCUGUUGUCAAGAAAUUCCUUCUCAGUAUACCAGGGGGGGUGUUUUCCCCCGAGGGGGAGGAGGUUCUGUUGCGGACGCUGACCAUUGGACACAAGAUGGAGCAGUAUGAUUCCAUUCAUGACUACAUCCACUCGUGCAGUCCGGCCCACCAGCAGCUGCUGUCCCUGCUGUUUGGUAUCUGGUUCACGAUGGUCCACAACUCACAGCAGAACUACAUGUCCACCGAGGCACUGUCCCGCAGUAUCGCUGGCAGCAUGUUCCAUACCUGUGCCAUGGACCCGGCAAAGGUUGAAAAGGCCAGCAGAAUUAUGCAGCUACUUAUAGACAAUUUUGGCGUGGCACGUGUUUUUGGGCAGCACAAUAUCGAGUAUUUCGCAGAGGUGACUCGCAUCGAGAUCCACGUACGAGAGACGUUCAAAUACCAGUACAGCUAUCCUGCAGAGGACACAUUGCCACGAUUGAAGGCUCUCCACACGUUUGUUCAGUUUUUGUUGGCGGAGGGUUUCAGAUCGGGAUUCCACCCGUGUCAACAUGCGAUAUCAGAAGAGAAGUAUGUGGACAUAGCGUUGUCGAGGUUACGCUCAAGUAGAGAGGCUGACUCGAGUCGAGGGGAGCGUGGGGACUCAAGUGGCGACGUUUAUGACUCCCACGCCAUGGACCAGGAGGCUGAGGAGGCAAGGGAGAGCAAUCUGCUGGUCACUUCCACCGUCUCAGUGCCAGAAGUGUCCUUAGUUCCCUCCCCUGAAGUCAGCAAGAGACCCAAGUCUGUAGAGAACAGUCUCCACGAAGCUCACAACAACACUCUUCCAAAGCCCAGCCUCAGUCGCUACAACUCCGUCAAGCGCAAGCAGCUCGAGCGACUGCGCCAGCGCUCUGACUGGUUCCUGGGGCCCAGCACGGUCAGCAGUCCAAGCAUCAACAUCACCACCAGCCCAGUCAUCCAUAUAGACAAGGUCUUCUGUACCCUCCCCCCCACUGCGGCACCCCCCAUGCAUGCAGCGCACGAACCCAUCAGAGCGAAAACUUCAGGAAACUCAGGGAAGUCGGUUACACGUUCUUCAUCAGAUGGGGCCGUGCUGGACGGGAUAUCAGACCAGGGCAGCGUCUGUAGUGAAGUCUCCAGUCGUAGCGAGAGUCCUGCGUCAGAGCCUGUAGCCAGGUCGGCAGCCAUGUGCGUGCACAGGGACAUUGUUCACGCUCAGACCAUGGAGGAUGUGAAUAUUGACUAUGACGACGAUGACGAGAAGGAGAAUAAUGUGGUUGGAGUGAUGGAUGAUGACUUGACCGAGUCCGAAAUAUGCUAUUUUAUGAUAGAGCGUAAAUACGGCGAGUCUAAGUCUUAGCAAGGACUCGGUGUCUCGAACUGUGAACAUAUCUCAACCUGUGGGCUCAGUGAUGUGUGCGCCAGGUCUGUUGUGCUGUAUUGCAUUGCCGUUUCAUUGACACACACACAGUGUUCUUGGGCAUAGCGCCAUUUGUUCCAGUGUUUGUGUGUGUUGGUUUUUCCAUGUUCAUUAGAUUUGUUUUUUUCUGUCUUUGUGUUUCAUAUUUAUGCAAAGUUCUGCAUCCUUGUGCUGAUGAAAAUUUACAGCUUUGAAGGCAUUCAAUCAAUGAAGGCAUUCAAUCCAUUUCUGAAAUUUACUUGUAUGCAUAUAUUGUAAAUCUGUCAUAAAUUUACGUAGAGAAUUUUAUUUGCUAGAGAAAAAGGUACAUUUUCCAACAAACACUACCUUAAAAAGAUGUGAACAAUGUUUUAGAAGCCUGUAUUUGCAUUUUUGAUGGGUCCAUAAAGUUAAUGAUUUUAAGGACCAUCUUUCGAAAACUUCAAAAAUGUUAAAGUAUGCUUCUUGAACAAAUAAUUAAAUGAGACUUUGAUUUGUUGAAAGUAAUAAAUAUGUUUUGCCAUAGAAAAACUGUAUUUAUCCAACAAAUUUAGUUUGGUUAACAGAUUUUAAGCCCUGACACAUUUUAAAUAAUUUGAUAAUAUUGAUGGCAUUACUAGGGUUCCAAUCUGAGGGAAAUAAAUUGCUUUGUUAAGUGGCAAUACAUGCAGAAGAACUUGAUUUAUUUAUGGUGUGAAAUAGGAUCUUCCAGUGUGUUGUAUAUUGUUUAUAACCUUGCAGACAAAUGCAAAUUGUCAGGGGUUGUACUAUAUUCAUGUAACACAAGUCUUACUUUGUUCAAUGGUUGACACACCAGUUCAAUUUCUAAGAACCAUUGGUGAUUGCAAUAGUUAGUGACACAUUUUAAAUCAUACAAUAUUUACAAAAUAUAUUUUGAAUAACUAUUUAUUUAUCAUUUAAUCAUCAUAUUCCUUUAAGUUUUACAGUUACUGUGCAAUUAAAAAUCAUAAUUGUCUCGUAUUUAUACAUUUAAUUGCACUAGGUAAUAGUUUACCAUAUAUUUAUAAUUUAUAGAACAUAGUUUCAUCUAUAUGAAUUUUAUUUUAUCUAAAUUAUGCCGUUUCAAUCUUAUAGAAGCAUAAAUAUACUCACUAUAAUUAACAAUUUCUACUAACUGGCUGUGAAUUUGCAAAUGUAGAACUUUUAUAAAUGCUCCCAAAUUGUGUGGGUUUUUCGUAAUAUAUUUGAAUGUACAGAAAAUAUUGUAUUGAUCCAUUGAAAAUGUAGAUAAUCCACAUUAUUUAAUUUUAAAUGUGACUUGACAUUUCCCCUUGUUUAUGAAGGCAGUAAAUUUUAUUGGCAGUGAAUACAUUUUGUUUCUAAUGAAUAAGUUGAAACUGAUCUUGUUUACAAUUGAUCAAUAUUUGCUGUUCUUUGCUGUUGUAAAUGCAUUGUGAAGAACAUUGAUCAUUAUUCUGAGUCGGUAUAUAGGGCUUUAUUCUUAUUAUGCAUUGAAUAUUUGCUAAAUGUGGUUUUUUUCUUUAAGGGUCAAUGUUUCAUGUUUAUAGUUAAGAUUUCAACUUGUUCCAGUUAAAAUGUUGGUGUUUGUUUAAAUAGUGUUUUUUUUACACGUUUUAAGCAUUUUAACAAUAAUAUUACCAUGAUGGUUACUACAUUUAGUAAAAUGUAUUAACCUUUGACAUGCAUGCUACAAUUUUAUCUGUUGAUUUGUUUCAAAUGUAGUUCCUCUUGCUUAACACACUUUUAAAAGAAUCAAAAUACGAUGGAGAUUAUUACCCCCAUUAACAUUGGUAAUGGGGGCUAUAUAGGAGUCACUUUGUCGGUGGGAUGGUCAGUCUGUCCCGAAAUUUCAUCCGAUCUUCACCAAACUUGGUCACAAGUUGGAUCUUGAUUAUGUAUAGGUCAAGUUUGAAUAUGGGUUAUGCUGGGUCAAAAACUAGGUCACGGGGUCACUUAGUGUGUUUUAGACCAAAAGUUUGUCUGGACCAUAACUAUGUCAGAUUUUAAAAUAACUUGAUACAUUUGUUCACCUUCAUGGGACAGUGUGUCGCAUGAAAAAAGUACGUCGAUAUCUCCAAGGUCAAGGUGACACUUGGAGUUCAAGGGUCAAAUGCUUGUCCGGGCCAUAACUUUAUCAUUUAUUGUGAGAUUUUAAAAUCAUUUGGUAAAUUUGUUCACCAUCAUGGGACGAUGUGUCGCGUGAAAGAAUUGCGUCAAUAUCUCGAAAGUCAAGGUCACACUUUGAGUUCAAAGAUUAAAAAUGGCCAUAAAUGAACUUGUCUGGGCAAUAACUAUGUCGUUCAUUGUGAGAUUUUAAAAUCAUUUGGCACAUUUGUUCACCAUCAUUGGACGGUGUGUUGUGCGAAAGAACUACAUCAAUAUCUCCAAGGUCACACUUUGAGUUCAAAGGUCAAAAAUGGCCAUAAAUGAGCUUGUCCGGGCCAUAACUAUGUCGUUCAAUGUGAGAUUUUAAAAUCAUUUAGCAUAUUUGUUCACCAUCAUUGGACGGUGUGUCGUGCGAAAGAAUUAUGUUGAUAACACCAAGUUCAAGGUCACACGUUGAGUUCAAAGGUAAAAAAUGACCAUAAAUGAGCUUGUCCGGGCCAUAACUAUGUUGUUCAUAGUGAGAUUUUAAAAUCAUUUGGCACAUUUGUUCACCAUUAUUGGACGGUGUGUCGCGCGAAAGAAUUACGUCGAUAUCUGCAACGUCAAGGUCACACUGUGAAAGUGUCAAAGGUAAAAGUGGCCAUAAAUGAUCUUGUCCGGGCCAUAACUAUGUCAUUUAUUGUGAGAUUUUAAAAAUAAGUGGUACAUUAGUUCACAAUCAUUGGGCGAUGUGUUAUGCAAAAGAAUUAUGUCGAUAACUCCAAGGUCUUGGGUCACACUUGGAGUUCAAAAUUAAAAAAGUGGCCAUAAAUUUGGACUGCAUGUCAUGCGAAAGAAUUCAAGAGUUGAAAGGUCGAAAUGGCCAUAAAUGAUAAUGGCAUUAUAAUUCUUAAAAAUCGCCAUAAAUUUGAUUCUCUUGUUUUGUGAAGACAGCAUGCAAAAUAGUUUGUGUCAAUGCGGCACCUGGGGGUAUACGUCACGUCUGUGACAAAGCUCUAGUUAGUUAUGGCUUGGGAUAUCAAUUAAACCAAUUUGCUUGUUAUAUUUUUGUUUGAAAAGGUAAAUCAAAUUUUCUCUUCAAUUUUUUUAAUUUGGACUUGGGUUGGUGGGGCAAAUUGUUCUCUUUAUCUAACUGCAUUUAUGGGGUAAAUUUCUUCAAUUUUAGGUAGUUUUUUAUGCCCCCGAAGCGUAUCAUAUAGUUUUUGAACUCUCCGUAAGUCAGUCUGUCCGUCCGUCCAAAAACUUUAACAUUGGUCAUAACUUUUGCAAUAUUGAAGAUAUCAACUUGAUAUUUGGCAUGCAUGUGUAUCUCAUGGAGCUGCACAUUUUGAGUGGUGAAAGGUCAAGGUCAUCCUUCAAGGUUAAAGGUCAAAUAUAUGGCUUCAAAGCGGCGCAGAAGGGGGCAUUGUGUUUCUGACAAACACAUCUCUUGUUUCCAUCAAUUACUGCAGGAUACAGAUUUGAAUUUGACAUUCCCUAUUCUCUGUGAAGCCAGAUAGGUCUUGUUAUAUGUGAAGACACAUUGUAAGUGCUUAUUCAAACACUUCAACUUUCAAGUAUUUAAGAGGUUUGUUGGAUGCAAGAUACAUUGUGUAUGUGUGUUUUGACCAAUAAAAUGUCUUUGUCAUACAAAUAGAAUAUGCUUAUUGAAUUUUUUCUUUAAUAACAGUUAAACUUUAAUAACAUAUAACCAUGCCAUUAAGAAAUGUUCUUGCAUCUGUCUCUCUGUAGACACAAAUUUGUGUGGAGUUCCUUUACUCUUGUCAACGUACAUCCUUCAAACUUGUGCUAACUUUGUUUUGAAUACUGGCUGGCCAUGCGGUCAAAAGGUUCCACGCCAUAAGGUUCAAUUUUUCAUGUUACAACUUCCUGCAUAUUUCUAAAUGUGGUGUCUGGGGUUUUCCCCACUAUUGUAACAACGCCCAGUUAUAUUUUAUUUUAUUUAUUUAUCUCAUGUAUUAUUUAAUUGGAUGAUAAAAAAGUAGUUUUCAUUCAUUUUCAAGCUGGGAGUCAUUAAAAUGUGUAUUCAUGCUUUAUAUUUGUUUUUGUUUUUAAGUGAUCUUAUUAAGUUUAUUAGAAAUCUCAUUAUCUUUGUUGAGAAAAAUGUAUUGAUUUCCAUAAAAAAGUAUAAAAAGAAGGAACUUUAAAAUAAUUUUCAAAAUAAUGUUUAUAACUUAAACUUUGCUUUUAGCUGUGUGAAUUCCUAAAAUAAACAUGUUAUUGAUAGCACAUUUUAUUUAUUAAUUUAUAUAUUUGAAGCAAACAUAAUCUAAAACCUUUUUUAUUCAAUAGCUACAAACAUUUAAUUAAAAGUUGAUGUAAAAUUUUGCUGUUUUACUUGCCAUUUCAUAUGCAUUUGCUAAUUCAUUUUUAGCUUACCUGAGCACAACGCGCUCAAUGGUGGGCGUUUUUGUGAUCACAUUUUGUCCGCUGUUUGUUGUCAACAUUUACCUGGUUAACACUCUAGAGGCCACAUUUAUUGUCCGAUCUUCAUGAAAUUAAAAAAAAAAAAUGUCCGCCAGGGGGCGGGGCAUUUAUCCUUAUUAAGCUGUAUAUGGCUAUAGUAAAACCUUGUUAACACUCUUAAGGUCACAUAUAUUGUCCGAUCUUCAUGAAACUUGUUCCGAAGAUUUUUCCCAAUGAUAUGAUGGACGAGUUCACAAAUGGUUCCGUUUGGUUAAAAAACAAGGCUGCCAGGGGGCGGGGCAUUUUUCCUUAUAUGGCUGUAGUAAAAACUUAUUAAUACUUACAUUUAUUGUCCGAUCUUCAUGAAACUUGAUGGUUAUAACAUUUGUUUUAAUGAUAUCUUGGAUUAGUUCGAAAAUGGUUCUGGUCUGUUGAAAAGCAUGGCCACCAGGAGGGCCAUUUAUAGUUCAAUCUUCAUGAAACUUGGUCAGAACAUUUGUUCUAAUGAUAUAUUGGGCUGCACAGAACAGGGUAGUUCCUUUGUUUCUCAGGUGAGCGACUUUGGGCCUUUUAGACCCUCUUGUUCAAUAUAUAUUUAAGUUUCCUUUGCAUGUUUUUUUGCACUAAUGGUUGUACAUCCAGUUAAUUUAUGUUUUUAUCUAGAUUACAGUCCCUUUAAGACGAAUUGAUAAAAUACUUUAUUUCUGCAACAGCCAAUACAUGUAUAUUCUUUUAAACAAAAUAAUUUGACCACUGUAAAAAAUCUGCACUUUGUUAGUGUAUUCAUUUUGUGUAUUAUAUUACUGUAUCUUACAUUUUCUUACAAAAUUUUGUAUAUUAAAGUGAUUAACACAUGUGAAACAGAAUUUUCAAGCAUUAAGAAGCUGUCAAGUUUCUGUUUUGGUGGCCAUAACAAUGAACGUGUACGUAUUAAUUAAUUUUUUUAGCAAUGAAAUAUUAAAACUGAUACAUUCUCAAGAAAAAUGGACACACAAUCUGUCUCUGACUUUUGUUACGAGCUGUAUACAAACACAAUGAUAAUAUUCAAGAUAAUCAUUACCAGUGGUAAACAUGACAACAUGAGCUGUAUCCUGUAGUCAUGAGUGUUGUUUUAUCAUGAAGGAGGUUGCAAGGUUGUUGUAUGUGUCUUAUCGUCAUUUCUUUAGUAUUUAAUACACCAUACUUCUGGUAUGAUGUUCUUCUCAAAUUGUUUUUGAAGUAAACCUUCUAAAACAGA